CUGAGUAGUCUGUGGGCUGUCAUCGUGGAUAAUUGUCUUUUACUUUGUGAAUCUAUUAAACAUCACGUGGUGGUUGGGUCAUAACUUGUUUUUUUGAGGAUGUCUGAUAAAUUGCUGCAAUACGUUCCAUUUUCAUCAGCUUUAGACACUGGGUUUUGGUACCAGUUAACUAAAAGAAAAUUGGAUGUUUUUAUGCUUGAUGACAAACCUGUCAGCAUUUGUGGGUUUUACUCGAACAGUAAUUCCUCUGGAUUGCCACCUAUAGCCAACAUUGAUUAUUCUUGUUUUGAUGAAACAUUCCAGAUGCCACACUUCAGUUAUCCUUUGAAAGGUCAACUGAUAAACACCAACACACUUGAAGAUUUUAAGCUACGGGAUAAGAAAACUCUCCUUAAUUCUCUGGGACUAGAAAUUUGGGAUGCUGUUAAAAGUGGAGCUGCUCUAGAAAACCCUUGUGUUUUGCAACGUUUGCUUUGUUUUACUUUUGCAGAUUUGAAGAAGUAUUAUUUCUAUUAUUGGGUAGCAUUUCCUGCAUUUACUCUUCCCGAAGUGAAAAGGAAAGAAAAUUCCAUAAAAGUUGAUGAAUAUUUCAGUUCUGAACAGCUAACUCAAUUUUUGGAAUCAUAUGAUGGACUUUCAAGUUGCGAUAAAAGUGCAUUCCUUAUACAUAGGGAUGAAAAAGGAAAUUGUGCCACUUUUUUGUUACAUGAUUUCAAUGAAUUGAAAAGCAAGCCAGGAAAAAUUAUCCUUGGUUUUGCAGAUCCUUCAACAUUAGAAAGUCACCCUGGUUGGCCACUAAGGAAUAUUUUAUACCUGGCUGCUUAUCACUGGAUGCAUCAUCAGAAAGAUUGGGACAUUUUGUGCUUUAGAGAAUAUUUCAAAGAUGGAAAACGUCAUUUUCAUCAUAGUUUUGUGAUUUCUGUUCAUCUGAACGAAAUUGACAAUGCAGUGUGUCCAGACUUUGUUGGGUGGGAGAAAAAUCAAGGAAAUCUUUCUCCAAAAAUGGUUGAUAUGAGUGCUAGCAUGGACCCAGCAAAGUUAGCUGAUUCUUCUGUUGAUCUCAACUUGAAACUUAUGAGAUGGCGACUUAUACCAGAGUUGCAUCUUGAAGUAAUUAAAGCAACAAAAUGUUUACUCUUUGGUGCUGGAACUUUAGGUUGUAAUGUAGCUCGAUGUCUUUUGGGUUGGGGUGUGAGAAAAAUAACAUUUGUGGAUAAUGCUACUGUUUCAUUUUCUAAUCCUGUGAGACAAACUUUGUUUACUUUUGAAGACAGCUUGCAUGGUGGUAAACAUAAAGCUAUUGCUGCAUCUGAAGCUUUGAAAAGAAUAUUUCCAGGUGUUGAUACAGAAGGAGUAGUAAUGAAUGUUCCAAUGCCUGGUCAUGCCGUUGUAAAAAAAGCUGUUAAAGAAAUUCAGGCAGAUGUUUCAAGAAUUGAAGAAUUGAUUGAGUCACAUGAUGUUAUAUUCCUUCUUAUGGACACAAGAGAAAGUCGGUGGUUGCCUACAUUAAUUGGAGCUGCCAAAGAGAAGAUUGUUUUGAAUGCAGCUUUAGGAUUUGACACAUUUCUGGUAAUGAGACAUGGCAUGAAAGGACUGGAUAACCAAUGCUAUGGUGAUUUUAUGAACUCAAAAAUAGUAGACGGUACUGAUCUUGGAUGUUAUUUUUGCAAUGAUAUUGUUGCACCUGGAAAUUCAACGCAUGACAGAACUUUGGAUCAACAAUGUACAGUAACAAGACCUGGUGUUUCUUUUAUUGCAUCAUCCCUAGUUGUAGAAUUGAUGGUUAGCAUAAUGCAGCAUUCUAAAAGUGGUCAAGCUCCUGCCAGCAUUCUUGGAGCUUCUGAUACUUCAAUUCCUGACCUGUCAACUGAAUUAGGAAUUGUACCACAUCAAAUAAGAGGUCAUUUAGAUAAAUUUCAGAACACAAUACUUACCAGCAAAGCUUUUGAUCGAUGCACUGCUUGCUCAGACAAGGUUGUUAUUAAAUACAAGAAUGAAGGGUUCGAUUUUCUGCUUCAAGUAUUUAAUGACCCUAAUUAUUUGGAAGAAGUUACUGGGCUAAAAGAGUUAAUGAACAGCAUCAGCAUGGAUGAAGUUUUUGAACUGAGUGAUGAUGACAGUAUAUAAGUGGAAUUCUGUAACCUCAAGAAAUAGUGAUACUUACUUUUCAUUAUUUAAAAAUCAAUGAGCUUUUAGAAAAUAGUUUCAACUGCAAUAGAAAUGAUUAAUUAUACAAUAGUCAUCAUUAUCAUUUUUUUUUUCUUCAAAUAUUCAUUAUUUUGUGUGAUUUUUGUACUUCUGUAAUAUAUUUUUCUAAGAUUGUGAUAUUGUAUGAAAUAAAUUAUUAUUAAAGUAUA